CCCUUCCACCACGAAAAUAUCCUCUCUUUCUCUCAGACCCAAUCCGGGAUUAAGGUUAUCGCUGUUCCCAAACCACGCCGCAAUCCCUCUUCCUCCUCCACGAGGACACCCUUAUCCCCGUACCCAAACACCCGCCUUUCUUCACCAUGAUGCAGCAGCCAUCAGGAGGAGUGGUUCCACAACAGAUUCCGUCAGAUCCGCAGCAGCAAUACCAGCAGCAGCCGCCGCAGCAGUGGAUGAUGAUGCCGCCGCAGCAGCAGGGCCAAGCCCCUCCGGCACAGGCUGGGUGGGCCCAGCAGGCACCUCAGCAGCAGUACGCGACCACACAGAAUCCUGGCCCCGAUGAGAUCCGCUCGCUCUGGAUCGGUGACUUGCUGCCGUGGAUGGACGAGAACUAUAUCCUCAGCUGUUUUGGUCCCACCGGAGAGGCUGUGACUGCAAAGGUUAUCCGUAAUAAGCAGACAGCUUUGCCAGAAGGUUAUGGCUUUAUCGAGUUUAGGUCUCGCAGUGCGGCUGAGCAGAUCUUGCAGCAAUACAAUGGAACACUGAUGCCCAACACAGAGCAGAAUUUCCGACUGAAUUGGGCAACCCUAGGUGCUGGCGAGAGGCGACAGGACGAUGGUCCGGAUUUUACAGUUUUUGUAGGGGAUUUGGCUGCUGAUGUGACUGAUUACCUCCUUCAAGAGACAUUUAGAGUUGCUUAUCACUCUGUUAAGGGUGCAAAAGUUGUCACUGAUAGGACCACUGGACGCUCCAAGGGAUAUGGUUUUGUUAGGUUUGGUGAUGAAGGUGAGCAAUUGCGAGCCAUGACUGAGAUGAAUGGUCAGUAUUGCUCUACCAGGCCCAUGCGGAUUGGCCCUGCUGCUACUAAGAAACCAGCUAGUGGUGGACAGCAAUACCAGAAAGCCUCCUACCCAAGUACUCAAGGAAAUCCAGGCGAGGCUGAUCCAAAUAAUACAACAAUAUUUGUUGGGGGUUUGGAUCCCUCUGUCAAUGAUGACAUGUUGAGACAAGUCUUCAGCCAGUUUGGUGAGCUAGUUCAUGUGAAGAUACCAGUAGGCAAGCGUUGUGGUUUUGUUCAAUUUGCUAAUAGAUCUUGUGCAGAGCAAGCAUUGGGAACGUUGAAUGGAACCCAAUUAGGAGGACAAAGUAUUAGACUUUCAUGGGGCCGCAGUCCUACAAGCAAACAGAACCAACCAGAUCAGGCACAGUGGAACGGCGGUGGUGGUGGAUUUUAUGGAUAUCCACAAGGAUAUGAUGCGUAUACAUAUGCUCCUCCUGCCCAAGACCCUAACCUGUAUUAUGGAGGCUAUGCUGGAUAUGGAAAUUACCAGCAGCCUGGUGCUUACCAACAGCAACAGCAGUGAUUUGUAGCUGCCUGCCUUGGAGCCUGAAAGCUGGGUAUCAUCAUGUUCCGGUGCAUCUUAGGUUGCGGUUUUAGUAUGACUGUUGUAUGAUGUUGUGCAGUCGAGUAUCAACUUUUAACAUUGUCUUUGUCAUUUUCUUCAUGCUUUCUUUUUCCCUCCUUCCCCAUCCUUUCAUUGCCUCGAGUGAGAUUCGGGAGACAGUGCACUUUAAAUAUGUCAUUUGCAGUUUAAUAUGUUAAGCAGUUAUUCGUGUUGUAUGCUCCAUCAUUUCGUUCUUUUAAGCUUGUUUGUUAGUUGUU